CCUUGUGGAAAACGAGCUUUGUUCCUUCAGGUGAAAUGAAAAUACUGAGGGGCUUUGUGUUUGGUGCAGGACGUAAGAGCUGGUUUAUCACUGCGUUUGAAGGGCUUCUGGUAAAAGUUGUGAACCAACAUGGUCUCACCUGCAGCAGAUGCAGUGAAUCUCAAUACUAUGCAUCCCUGUGAAAAGGCCAGUUUUGUGAGCGAGUUAAUGAGAACGUAACUAAUUUCAAAAUGUGACGAUUGCAUUUCCAGUUGCAGGAUAACUUCUCUCUACCCGUUGAGGAGCCACAGUCAAAAAAUGGUGGCAGCUGGUGAUACAGGUGUUUGCCCAGGGCUCUAUUAGAAAGCGGGGUGCACAAGCUAGCAGCUUUUCUGUCAAUUACGUUGUGGAAAAGUUUUCCAUUGUUUUUGGGUUUUUUUCAGCAGUCAGUCCUGCUGAAAAUGUUUUUUUUUCUUUUUUUUAAUCUGAUUAUCUGAUCUAUUUUUGACUAAAGCAAGAAAUAAACCUCAAAACCUUGGUUGAGAUCUCCUGAAAACUGGUAAAAUACAAAGUGUUUUAAUAAAAAAUAAACACAUGUAAAACAUUUUUUCUUCAAAUAAAGCCAUACAAAUAUAAGGAAAUUUUAUAUUUUCAAAAAUCCAACUCCUGGAAAAGUAGCUAUUUCUCUCUGGAAGUACUUGGAAAAUAUCCCUCAAGUAAAAUUAUGAAACAUCAGAAAAAAGUGAAAUAUUUUUUCCAGGAAGAAAAAAAACUAAUCCUUGUUGGUGAUGAACAGAGUGCUUAAAAUUUUUUUUUUUUUUUAAAAAGACAGGCAGGCGAGUGACGGAUUAUUACGUCCUCUAUUGGAAGACCGAGAGAAAUAAUCCACGAGCUGCAGGAGAAAGACCGGGGACAAAGGAGAAAUAUGGAGAAAGAAGAGACAGAAAAAUGAGGCCCAGUGAGAUAUAAAGAAUCAAAAAGAGGAGAGGCAGAAGCAAAGCUGUUCCAGAGAGGUAUUUAAAUGCACUCUGUGCCUUGGGUCUAGUAAAUCUAGCAGUAUUGAUGUUUGUUUCUCCUCCUUACGGAGAAGUUCAGCACCAGAGGAAAGCGGAGCUGACAGAUAACCACUAACAAACUGAUUGAUGCAUGCAGAGGGUUGUAAUGCACUCUGAAAAAUAAUCCUCUGACAGACAAAUUGACCCCACAUCUGAGCUGUCGUGUAGUAAACGUCAUAAACCAGCGUCUUUAAAAGGAGCUAAGUUUGUGUUUCCAGGCUGCAACCCAGAGAGGAAAAGCUAUUUGAAAUAAAGAGUGACGUGGGUGUUCGGAGGAGACAAAGGAUGCUAUCUCCACCCAGAUGAAUGUUUGAUGAGGAGGCCGAUAUGCUCCAAUGAAACAUCAUGAAUACACAGCAGCGUUAACGUGGUGUCACAGUUAACACACAGGCUGAGGCUUGGCUCUGGUCGCCGAACACGUGAACUAACAUCCCGACUCUUACAUCAGGGAAGGAUUAUCUACAAAAACAGCAGAACUCAUCUGUUCAACCCCCUGUUCAUGGUUCAGAAAGACAACAACCUUCAACCAACUUCAGAUAUUUACUUGCACUGUAUGACAUCUCACUGACAGUAAAUGAGGCCUUUCUCUAUUGCUUCACUUAGGACUAACCUUGAUUAUUUUUAAUUUGCUAAAUGACAGAAUGAUGACGGAUGUCGUUUUUUAGAUAAAAUACAGAUAAGACAAUGUAAAAGAGAGAGAAAAAAAUAAAUUUUAUUAAAAAAAACAAACCCUCCAUGUUGAAAAAUAAUCAAAUCAAACUCUUCUCAUAAUUGCUAACCAGCUUUUACCAUGUGUUAAUGUGAUACUGUUCAUCUGAAGACCUUCCUAAUCUUUAGCUUCGCCUACAGAUUCUCUAUUCAAGUUGUUACUAAAUAUGUAACACCUUCAGUCCGUACAAGCAUGUUGAUUAAAUUGAAACAUUUCUAAAUGGAACCCAUAUCUUCCAGGGGUAUGAAUACUUCUGAGCUUCCCUGUCCCUGGCUUUCUUCCGCUAACACCUGUGAGCGUCACCUCGGUUGGCAGAACUUCCCUGUUUUUGACGCAACCAGUUCCAGCAUCCAAGCUCCGACUUCCGAGACAAAUUGAACGCAGCAUGAUUAUAAGAGAAACCAGUGGGAGCUAAUUAUGGCGGCGCUACCUGCUGCUGCCCGUCCAAAACCUCAAUGGGAUUCUCUCCUUCGUGUUGAUUCAAACACCGAGGAAACAGUGCUCACAAGUAGUGCGUGUCCCACUGGAUUGGUGAGACAAAAUAAAACAAAAACAUCAGAAAUGCUGAUGAAUAGUUCAUGUCUGUAACUUGUUCUGCGCCUCUUAGGUGGCAGCCAUUAUUGACACUUUUUAAAUCAGUGUUCGUCUGAUGAAGGUUUAUAUUUAACGGGUCACAUCAGACGGUUCUGGGAACCAGGAAGCGGUCGCUGUGUGAGUUUUCCCAGAGAUGUGAAUCCGAUUCAUCCAACUUUCUUCGGUGAGGAUUUUCCACUCAAGGUUUUCAGUGAAUUUAGCAGCAGACUGAUACGUUUCUGUCUGGAAUAGUAGUGAUCUAGGGGGCAGGGGGAAGGGAAACCAGGAACAUGUUGGUGAUUGCAAAAAUAUAAUCAGGUAAAUAAAUAAACCAGAGCCGUUCAGAGGCUAAUCACAUAAGAGGAUUAACGACGGGCUGCUGUUAAACAAAAAGCGGGUACAUUUUCAUUCUUCUUAUUAUUUAUUUAUUUUUUACAAACAACUCUCAGUAUGCAAUUUAUUGAAAAAGUAUUUACACCCCAAAAAUCUUUUUUUUUUUUUCCAUAGUUCAUCAUAUUUAAAUGACAAACUAAUUGACUCCAUUGAGAUUUUGUGCAAUUGUAACAUCCAAUGAAAACUGCACUUGGCUUUCAACAGUUUUUAUAAGGAAAAAUCUUAACAGUGUGGUUGGCACUUGUAUUUAACCUCCAAUUACUCUUAAUACAGAUCAAUACAAUUCAGUUUAGAAGUUAUCUAUAGAGUCUCAGCCAGAGGCUGGUUAGCUUGAGGAUAUUUAUAGAAAGAAAUUUUUUAAAAAAAUCAUCAGAAAAAACUCAAAGGAGAAAUCACAACUUGCAGUUUAAAAAUGACAACACCGAACAAGACCUAACGGUUUCUUUUUUUAAUGUUAAUAAUAAUAUUAAUAACAAAAAGACAUGUACCCUUCUCCUUCCAGCGUCUCCCAGAGAAGAGGAGAUCUCUCCGCUUCCCUGUGACGCUGUGCGCCCCCCUCCCUUCCUCUUUCCCAACAAAUGUGAGGCGCACCAGCGGGACGGACUCAGCACGGUUCCAGUUCUUGUGCGCCAACUACCAGGAAAGUGACACUUGAAUCUAAAACCUCCACAGAAUCCAUCCGAACCGUGGAUGGGAGUCGGAGGAAGGAAACACGCUCCAGUUUUGGGGAAAGAAGGGACCGCAGAGAGCUUUGCGCGGACCGUUUUCCUCCCUUGUUGAUAUAUAUAUUUUUUUCUUUGUGAGCAGCGCGCACAGACUGACAUGUCAGCGGGAGUAAAGACGUGAAUGAAGCGCGGCGGCUCGGACCCUGCAGCGCCAGCGCGGCGGUUCGGUGAAAAAUAAGAGAAAAGGAUGAAAUCCAGGAGUCAGGAUCAGAGUCUCUCUGACUCCAGAGAGCUGGACAGAUCCUUCGAUCCGCUCACAGGUAACCCUCUUACCAAACCCAACAAAAAGACAAUUAAACAGCGCUUCCUCAAACUUCUGCCCUGCUAUCACUCCGGCUCCAGCUCUUCAAUUACUCAAAGAAGUUUAACUGAAGAGGGGGAGCUGUCCACAGUGCGUUACAGACCUGAGGGACUUGACAAUCUGGUUCAGCAGACUAAUUUCAGCAAAAAGGAGCUGCAGGUUCUUUACCGGGGAUUCAAAAAUGAGUGCCCCAGUGGUGUUGUGAACGAGGAUACGUUUAAAAGUAUCUACUCCCACUUCUUCCCACAGGGAGAUUCAAGUAUGUACGCACAUUUCCUGUUUGAAGCCUUUGACACCCACAACAAUGGACUGGUUAGCUUUGAAGACUUUGCGGUAAGUCUGUCCAUCAUUUUAAGAGGAUCCAUCACUGACAAACUGAACUGGGCCUUCAAUCUGUAUGACCUGAACAAGGAUGGCUGCAUCACCAGAGAAGAGAUGACAGACAUAAUGCACUCUAUCUACAACAUGAUGGGGAAGCAUACUUACCCCAGCAUGAGGGACAGCGCUCCAAAGGAACAUGUUGACAGGUUCUUCCAGAAAAUGGACAAGAAUAAAGAUGGAGUGGUCACCAUUGAGGAAUUCUUGGAAACAUGCCAAAAGGAUGAAAACAUCAUGCACUCCAUGCACUUGUUUGACAAUGUCAUCUGAAUGCUGAUGGAUGGAAGAUGAGAAAAGCUCUACCAUUGUUUGGAGCUCUGCUGAGGUUUCUGUUCCUGCAACAAUAAGAGGAGGGAAUCCACUCCACCUCCUGAAGACACUGAGCAGAAUGAGCCAAAUAUUAUGUCUCAAAUGUGAUAAGUUAGGAAUAGCUAACAAAAUUUUUGUUUGGCUGUAUGAAGACGAUGAUGUGUAACCUGUAAAUACCUCUGCUAAAGUAACAUAAAGAAAAUCCCAGAUAUAAUCGAGACGCAGCUAUAGUUGCUAUAUUUUAAUGCAUGGAAAAGAUGAGACCGUUUUUCUGUUUGCACAUCAAUCUACAUUAGAGACGAAACCUGACUGUACAGAAACACUCUCAAACAAUGAAGCGGCACUCAAAAUGUAAAGUUUGCAAACGUUCUGAAAUCACUGUCCAAACCUGGAACUUGAGAUGGGAUGAAAGCAUGAAAUGAAGCCAUAAUCUUCCAACAACCUCUGUGUCCUAGAAGAACCUGACACAUUAACAUCAAUUUUUGAUUGUGUCUGCAUGAUGUAUGUAUUUUUUUUUUACCAGCCAUUGAAAUGUUCACUGGGGAUGCAAACAAUUAAUCCACUUACGAUUAAUGGCGUAUUAGAUUACAAUUUGUUGAUCAAUUAGUAAUCUUCACUUUGACCUUUUUCUAGUGUUGUAGUUUGGCCGCCAUCCAGUGGAGUUACAGAAACAAAGAUGGCGGGUACAUACCAGAACGAGAAAGAGAAACGGUCCACACAGAGUCUGUUGUGGGAUGCAAAACACAUUUUACACAAAACACACUGAAAUAUAAGCACUUGUCGAGCUCCUUAAGUUGUCAUGUUAACAGGGAUGAAAAAUUGUAACAUGAUGGAAAGAAGCAUUGUGCCAAUAAGCAAGGUUGAUUCUGAAGGCUGUUGUGAGUUAAUGCACUUCAUGGAGCGAAGUUUUAGCUUUCCUUCAAGAACAACCACACACAUUACUUAUACAUAAAUAUCAUGUAUAAGUGAUAUUUAUGGAUAUUCACAGAUAACACAAUUAUUUGUUCAUUGUGGAUAAGGUGUUUUGCAUAUUUCACUAUUUUAAUAUUUUUCUAUUCAGGAUUCUAAGAGGUUCUUGUGUUAUAUUUUAUAAAUAUGUCUAAGUUUGAUCACUUUAGAAAACCACAAUGUUCUGUUUACUCAGUCAGUUUAUAAUACAGCUGACAAAAUAAUGUUAGCCCUUUAAAAUGUAGCCCUCUAUGCUAUGCUAUGCUCAGCCCUCUUGAUAUGAGAAAACUCAGGUUUUUAAGAAAAUGGCCGCUUAUCAAUUAAAUGUUAGCCGAUUGAUAAGAUCAGUCAACUUUAGAUUAAUUCAUUAAUCGAUAAUGUACAUCCCUAAUGUUCACUAAACUGUUCAGAUGUUUUAUAAAUGGAGAUGGUUACAAACUGGUGUGUUGUGGAAUAAUAAAAAACCCCAGAUACUAUUUAAAAGCAUGAA